ACUUCACUGCGUGACCCUGUGCAGCGAGACUUGUACCUUGGUUCUAAUUUUGUUUUAUCAGCCAUCCCAGAAGAGAUUUUUCUUGAGUGAAAAUGGCAGAUGAAGGUACAGCCACUUGUGUAGACAUUCUUGUUGCUAUCAUCCUGCCUCCUCUCGGUGUCUUCCUCAAAUAUGGUUUGAAGGUUGAAUUCUGGAUCUCUGUGUUGCUGACCAUAAUUGGGUACCUGCCUGAGAUCAUUUAUGCUGUAUGGGUCAUCACCAAGAAGUGAUCUACUCUCCUGACGGUAAUUAAUUCACACUAACCUUUUUUUU